AUGUUUGCUGUGGAGGAGAUCAACAGGGACCCUCAGCUACUGCCCAACCUCACGCUGGGCUUCCACCUCUACAACGCCUACCACAGCGACGCCAGCACCUUGGAGAGCUCCCUGAGGUGGCUGUCUGGGCAGGGCCGGCUCAUCCCCAACUACAGCUGCAGGAAGCAGGACAAGACUGUGGCUGUGAUUGGAGGAGGCACGUCGGCUCUGUCUGUCCAGAUGGGGUCCCUGCUCAACCUCUACAAGGUUCCACAGAUCAGCUACGGUCCAUUUGAUUCCAUUCUUAGUGACAAGGUCCAGUUUCCUUCCCUUUAUCAGAUGGCCCCCAAAGAUUCUUCUCUUCACAAAGGUGUUGUCCGCUUAAUUGUGUAUUUUGAAUGGAACUGGAUAGGACUGACAGUCUCAGAUGAUAUGAGAGGUGAGCAAUUCCUCUGGAAAAUGAGAGCAGAAAUGGUAAAGAAUGGAGUUUGUGUGUCCUUCACAGAGAAGAUCCCUGUCAGUGAGAGAAGACACACGGAAUCCCAGGAGACCUUCAUGCCCAGGAUCAUGACAUCAUCAACCAAAGUGGUUGUCAUCCAUGGCGACACAGAUUCCUUAAUGAUUCUGAGAUACUCACAAGUUCCUUUUUUUACAGUUCCGAAGGUGUGGAUUGCCACUGCUCACUGGGACAUUACCGUGAGACACCUCCAUAUUGAAGGUCACGCUUUCCACGGGGCGCUCAUAUUUUCAUAUUUGACAAGUGAAAUUCCUGGCUUCAAAGCUUUUCUUAAGGCAAUCACACCUUCUAAAUACCCAGAUGACAUUUUACUUAGGAGAUUCUGGUUCUCUGUGUUUAGAUGCCCGGAUCAAGCAGAAAGCCCAGCGUUAGAGAUAUGUUCACCAAAUGCUUCCUUAGAGACUUUGCCUCUGUGCUCUUUUGAUAUGACCAUGUCUGGCUUGAGUUACACUAUCUACAAUGCUGUCUAUGCUCUGGUUUGGACUCUCCAUGAAAUGUUUAUGAGAAAAUCAGAGAAUAGGCCAAUGGCAGAUGAAGAAUAUUUAGUACCUCAUUCUUGGCAGCUGCAUUCCUUCCUGAAGAACACUCAAUUUAUCAACAGUGCUGGAGACCAGGUGUUUGUGGAUGAGAAAAGAAACUCAGAGGCUCAGUAUACCAUUAUGAACUAUUUAUUUUUUUCUAAUGAGACUGACGGUUUGGUGAAAGUUGGCCAGUUUGUCCCCAAGACUUCACUCAGUGAGGAUUUCACAAUUUGUGAGGAUGCCAUAGUGUGGGGCUGGUGGGGUUCAAAGGUUCCCCAGGCAGUGUGCAGCGACCCCUGUGGUACUGGAUUCAGGAAGACCCCUUUGGAGGGGCAGGCCGCCUGCUGCUUUGACUGUGCCCGGUGUCCAGGAGGGGAGAUCUCCAGCCACACCAAUGCAGAGCAGUGUACAAAGUGCCCAGAGGCUGAAUAUCCAAACAAGCAGAGAGACCGCUGCCUCCCCAAGACUGUGGCCUUCCUGAAUGUGGAAGAACCAUUGGGCAUGACUCUGGUCUUUGUGGCUGUUUCCUUCUCUUUACUGACAGCUCUGGUUCUAUUGAUCUUUGUGAAGUUCCAAGACACCCCCAUAGUCAAAGCCAAUAACAGGACUCUCAGCUACACUCUCCUCAUCUCCCUGAUCUUCUGCUUCCUCUGCUCUCUGCUCUUCAUAGGCCGUCCUACCCCUGUCACUUGUCUCCUCCAACAAACAGUGUUUGCUGUUGUCUUCACAGUGGCUGUUUCUUCCAUUUUGGCCAAAACCAUGAUUGUGGUUCUGGCUUUUAGGGGUGUUAGACCAGGGAGCAGGAUUCGUACAUUCCUAAAUCCUCGAGUGUCCAACUAUGUUGUCCUCAUCUGCUCAGGGGUUCAGGUGAUUCUCUGUAGCACCUGGCUGGGCACCGCUCCCCCCUUUCCAGAGGCUGACACUCACUCUGAAUAUGGCCACAUCAUCAUUAGAUGUAAUGAGGGCUCCGUCCUUGCCUUCUACUGUGUCCUGGGCUACAUGGCCCUUCUGGCCCUGGCGAGCUUUACUGUGGCUUUUUUGGCCAGGAACCUACCUGACACCUUCAAUGAAGCCAAGUUCAUCACCUUCAGCAUGCUGGUGUUCUGCAGUGUCUGGGCCUCUUUUCUGCCCACCUAUCAGAGCACCAAAGGGAAGGCCAUGGUGACUGUGGAGAUCUUCUCCAUCUUGGCCUCCAGUGCAGGGUUGCUGGGCUGCAUUUUUAUUCCCAAAUGUUAUGUGAUCCUCCUGAAGCCAGAAAGGAAUACCCAGGGACAGAUCAGGAAUAAAAUGGAUUCUAGGAGCAGCUAG